ACCCUCACAAUUUCAAGUGGCCCCCACCAUCCUUCCUUCCCUCGGUUUCAUCGAUAUCCGAAUCCGAAUCCCAAUAAUACACUCUUCAUUUAUUACAAUGCCCAUCCUAUCCUCACCUCAUAAUCCGACUACACUCCGAUCAAGUCAAUCAGCACAUAUCGAUGACAUUCUCUAUUUGUAGAGGAAAAAAUUGUCAUUUCACUUUCUCGUGUCCCUUCUACUCCCUCCUUAAAACCCCCUUCGUUCGCGCCGAAACAAGCUCUCCGCUGAGCUCCGACUGGGAUCGGACAUGGCCGCCUCCCUUCUCCCCUUCUCGCCUUCUCUGUUGGUUCCCCCUUCUCCGAAGGUGGGAACAUGGAAUUCUUCCAUCCUAUCGCCCCCAGCUCUCGUCUUGCACCUUAAGCGAUCGAUUCCAAGAGUCAACGCCGCCGCCGGCAAUGCCUCUGCCUCUCAUGAUUCUGAUCUGAGCACCGAGCUCGAUGCCGUGUCGAGCUUCAGCGAGCUCGUUCCGGACACCGUUGUUUUCGAUGAUUUCGAAAGGUUUCCGCCAACGGCCGCUACUGUCAGCUCUUCGUUCCUCUUGGGUCUUUGCAGCCUUCCCGACACCAAGUUCAAGAGUGCUAUAGAGACUGCACUGGCGGAUAGUGAAUGUUAUGAAAAGAAGAAUCCUAACGAACGUAUGUCGUGCUUCUUUAACAAGGCUUUAGUGCAUGUUGGAGCUGAUUUGGAAAAAUUAGUCCCCGGGCGGGUGUCGACUGAAGUGGAUGCUCGUUUGGCUUAUGACACAAAAAGUAUCAUUCAAAAAGUGCAUGAGCUGUUGAAGCUAUACAAUGAAGUGGAAGUCUCUUCACAGCGCUUACUCUUUAAAAUUCCUUCAACUUGGCAAGGUAUAGAAGCCUCAAGGUUGCUAGAAUCUGAAGGAAUACAAACUCACUUAACAUUUGUUUAUAGCUUUUCUCAGGCAGCGGCUGCAGCUCAGGCUGGUGCAUCUGUUAUCCAGAUUUUUGUUGGGCGCAUCAGGGAUUGGUCUCGUACUCAUUCUGGUGAUCAUGAUAUAGAAGCUGCUUGCAAAAAUGGAGAAGAUCCUGGAUUGGCCUUGGUGAAGAAAACAUAUAAUUACAUUCACAAAUAUGGACAUAGGUCGAAGCUGAUGGCAGCAGCAGUGCGCAACAAACAGGAUAUCUUUAGCCUCCUUGGGAUUGAUUACAUAAUUGCUCCAUUGAAGAUAUUGCAGUAUCUAAAAGAGUCGGUGACCUAUCCUGAGGAGAAGUACUCUUACGUCAGGAGGUUAUCUCCGGGAUCUGCCAAGAUGUAUAACUUCACUGAAGAGGAGCUUAUAGAGUGGGACCAGAUGAGCUUUGCAUCUGCAAUGGGGCCUGCUGCUGAAGAGCUUCUGGCUGCUGGGCUGGAAGGUUAUGUAAAUCAAACAAGGCGCCUGGAGGAGCUUUUUGCCAAGAUAUGGCCACCUCCCAAUGUUUAAUCAUAGCUCCCAUGCCAGUAGAGGUGCUUUCCUAUUGGGAGAGUAAAGCAGUCAAGGUUGUGAAGUUGUAACCUCUGUUUUUCCCCUCAUGUCCUUAGUGUUGCUGCAUCAUGUUCUAAAACGAGACCUUUUUUUUUUUCACAAGUGCUUUGUUAAGGUUUUUUACGGCAUUCAGGAUGGAAAAUUGUGCCUUUUGGAUUACAAAACAAGUGCUUCAAGACUUCUUUUUUUAAGUUGUAAUUCAGUUGGAAUCAAAUUACAACUGCAUAUGGAAACAUGCCAUGUUUGGAGAGGAUAGCAGCAGUCUCGUGAGGCAGCAGAUGAAGUUCGGAUUGACCUUUUUUUUUUUGUUGUUUUUUUUGCUGCAGUGGUUGAUUGGAAUUAUUGUUGCUUACUGUGAUGAGGGGGAUCAGAUCAUGACUUCAUUAAAUAAAUAGCUAUGAUUGAUGAUA